AUAUUAUCAUCGAACUGUUGUAUUAGUGUAAAAUAUAAGUGAUCGUCUGAACAACCACGAGUAUUAUUAAAUAUUAUCCGCCUCGGCUGGCGGUAUAUCAUAAAAUGCGUGUCGUGAAUACAUCAACCGUAUUAAUUUUAAUAGUUGCGAGGGUCAGUUUUGGAUUAAAAUAUGAUAAUCUUGAAGAUUUCGUUGAUAUGGUUGAGGACAACAUCAACAAAGCCCUUAAUUAUACAAUUUCAAAAGAUAAUUCAGAUAUUUUGAAUUUGUCUAGUUCUACAGCAAAAGAUUUCGGAACAUUCGAUUUUAUAAUUAUUGGAGGAGGAGCUGCGGGAGCUAUCCUAGCUAAUAGACUGACGGAAAUUUCAGAAUGGAAGAUUUUACUUUUAGAAGCCGGUGGAUUACCUAAUGAUUUUACAAAAAUACUUGGCUUAAGUCCUUAUAAUUACUUUUCCACUCGAAGCUGGGGAUAUAAUAGCACAUCACAGAAACAUGCUUGUUUAGCUAUGAAGGAGGAAAAAUGCUCGUUGCCUCAAGGUAGAGUUAUUGGAGGCGGUACUACUAUUAAUGCUGGCGUAUAUGCCAGAGGUCAUCCAGAAGAUUUUGACAGAUGGUCGAAUGUUUAUGGUAAUCCAGGUUGGUCAUACGAGGAAGUCCUUCCUUACUUCAAAAAAUCCGAAAACGCUGUUUUUGAACCUAGAGAUUCGGACUACCAUGGUGAAGGAGGAUAUUACACUGUGGAUAUAAAUGCUGUAAAGCUAUUUAAACCGCUCUUUAAUGAGAAGGGUAUAGACUUCAUUGACGACUACAAUGGCAAAUACCAAAAUGGAAUUGCACAAGUUCAAAUGUCUCUGAAAGGAAACGAACGCGUCAGUACUUACUCCGCAUUUUUGGAAAACUUUACGUCCAGGUCCAAUUUGAACAUAAGUUUGCACAGUUUUGUUACAAAGAUUGCCAUUAAUAAUGCUACCAAAACUGCCUAUGGUGCCUAUUUUGUGAAGGAUGGUGUGAAUUAUUUUGCGAAAGCCAAGAAAGAAGUUAUUGUAUCAGCUGGAGGAAUUAAUUCUCCUCAGUUGCUUAUGUUAUCUGGAAUAGGACGAAAGAAACAUCUAAAGGAAUUGAAUAUACCUCUAGUCAAAUAUCUUCCUGUUGGUAAAUAUUUACAAGACCAUAUACUGUUUUUGGGAUUAAUAGUUCGGACGAACAGAAUAUUCUACAAUCAAACUAUGGCUGAAAUGCUGAAACUUUAUGAAGAAAAUCAGCGCCCUCUCAUGACCGGUUUUCAGGUGGAACUCGUGUCAUUUACCAAUUUCGGUAGAAACCAGAGCAUCAGACCCGAUAUAGAGUAUAUUAUUUCCACACCACCACCAAGCAGCAGUCAAUUCGAAAUUUUUUUUGGCAUAAAAGAUUCUUACAUGGACCCUUUCAACAUCAACACCAGCAGUGAUAUCUUAAUCUACACUUGUCUGAUGCACCCCAAAUCUCGAGGUUCCGUAACUUUGAAAUCGAAUUCUCCAUUGGAUAAACCUCUGAUCAAUCCCAACUACUUGGCCGAAGAUGAGGAUAUAGAAACCUUGUAUCGCGGAGUCGAACUCAUUUUGAGCAUGAACAACAGUCAGAUUUUGAAGAAUUAUGAAGCUUAUAUAGUGGAUGUCGAAUAUCCAAAUUGUGUAUCGUACAAGAAGUCUAGUAAGGAAUGGUGGUUUUGUGCAAUUAGACAAUUCACUUCUCCAAUUUAUCAUCCAGUCUCAACUAAUAGAAUGGGUCCAGAUCCAAAAACUUCAGUUGUCAACGCUCACUUACAGGUCCAUGGAAUGAAAAAGUUAAGGGUAGUGGAUAGCAGCGUGAUGCCAGAAUUGAAUUCGGGUCAUACCACUGCACCUGUUCUAAUGCUGGCUGAAAAAGCUUCGAAUAUUAUAAAAAAACAACACAAUAGAUAUUGAAUUUAUAACUUGCUAUAGUUUAAUCACAUGUUGAGAAAUAAGAAAAUAUUUAUAGAUACCAUAUAAAUUAUAGUUUAGUGUUUAA